CACGCUGAGUCAAAUGGCAGCGGCUGGAACUGGAGCGUGUGUGGCCCGCAGCUCGCCUCUAUCCUGACUGGUGCAUGCAUCGCCCUGGCGGGACCGUGACGCCCAGAGCCGCAACAACGCGGCUGUGGAGGGGAAGGGCAGCCGCAGAUCGGCUGGACCCCUCUGUCCGAGGCUGGACGGCCCCGGCCUCACGGAGGACGCUGCUCAACCAGCGGCGGGCUUCAUGGCAUCCUUGGCCGACCGAGUCCGGAGCCAUGGGCGAAUCGCCGCCGGGCUCCUGUUUAACUUGCUGGUGUCUAUCUGCAUCGUGUUCCUCAACAAAUGGAUCUACGUUCACUACGCUUUCCCCAACAUGAGCCUAACCUUGGUGCACUUCGUCGUCACUUGGCUGGGCUUGUACGUCUGCCAGAAGAUGGACAUCUUCGCCCCCAAGAGCCUGCCGCCCUCCAAGCUCCUCCUCCUGGCCCUCAGCUUCUGUGGCUUUGUGGUCUUCACCAACCUUUCUCUGCAGAACAACACUAUUGGUACCUAUCAGCUGGCCAAGGCCAUGACCACGCCGGUGAUCAUAGCCAUUCAGACCUUCUGCUACCAGAAAAGCUUCUCCACCAAGAUACAGCUCACGUUGAUUCCUAUAACUUUAGGUGUAAUCCUAAAUUCUUAUUACGAUGUGAAGUUUAAUUUCCUUGGAAUGGUGUUUGCUGCUCUUGGUGUUUUAGUUACAUCUCUUUAUCAAGUGUGGGUAGGUGCCAAACAGCAUGAAUUGCAAGUCAACUCCAUGCAGCUGCUGUAUUACCAGGCCCCAAUGUCAUCUGCCAUGUUGCUCGUUGCUGUGCCCUUCUUUGAGCCAGUGUUUGGAGAGGGAGGAAUUUUUGGCCCGUGGUCAGUUUCUGCUUUGCUUAUGGUGCUGCUAUCUGGAGUCAUAGCCUUCAUGGUGAACUUAUCAAUUUAUUGGAUCAUUGGGAACACUUCUCCAGUCACCUAUAACAUGUUUGGACACUUCAAAUUCUGCAUCACUUUAUGUGGAGGAUACAUUUUAUUUAAGGAUCCACUGUCGAUUAACCAAGGUCUUGGCAUUUUAUGCACACUCUUUGGCAUUCUGGCCUACACCCACUUUAAACUCAGUGAACAAGAAGGAAGUAAGAGUAAGUUGGCGCAACGUCCCUGAGUUUCUAUGGAGAAAACGAAAGUUGCUCUGAGAACAUAAGAAAGGUUAAUAAGUGAGUAAGCUAGUUCCCAAAAAGAAAAAAAAUGCAGUAUAAAGUUCAUCAAAUGAUUUGCAAGAAGUAAUACAAAUUUUAUUUACAAAUAUGACUUAUUUUAGUAUCUUUUUUUAAACUUAGUUCUCUGAAAUACUUCGGGCUUCUUCUAAAGAUAGUUAUGAUGCUGGGCUGUGGCUCAGUGGAAGAGUACCUGCCUAGCGUGCAGAAGACCCUGGCUGCUAUCACCGCCACUGAAAGGGGAAAGAGAUGAUAUAUUAUCUGAUGAUCUGAUAUGAUGUGUGUAUUUGUAUGUGUAUGUAUAUGUACAUACGUCUAUAUUACAUAUGCACACAUACAUAUAAUGGUUUGGUUAUACCAAAUAAAAUACAUGAAAGCUAAAGUUGUAUAAAUGAUAAAGGAAUCUGUUUUCCAGUACUACAGAUACAUUUUUCAGUGCUCAAACCUUCCUAAGGAAGGACAUAGAGGACUUUCCCUUACUUACUAGCCAGUGGUUUCCCAACAUGAGAUUUAUUAUCAGUUUAGUCAAAGUGUUGAAGCAAUGCUGGGAAUCAAACCUGGGGUUUCACACUUGCUAGGCAGUACUCUACCUCUGAGUCUACACUCCAAGUCCCGAAGUCAGAAUCUGAGUAACAUUUCUGUUUUUAUUGGUUUCAUUUAACUUCUUUUGUAGUUUUGUU